AUGGCCACACUGAGCAACAGAUUUGCUGUCCUAGAGAACUUACAAGCAGAUGGGGUGGAGAAUGCAAUACAGACAUCACAUAUUGUUCUUGAUAAGCAAUAUUUUAAACUCAUUCAGAUUACACAUCACAUACAGAUUAUAAGUCAUGCUAUACACACUGAUGCCUUUCCCAAGGGUAUGUCUAAGCAAGUGAAUAGGUUGACCAAAUUUAUUAAACCAGCAUGUCCCAAUAAUGUAGUCUUACAGUAUGUUGCCGAUAACACCAACCAAUGGAUGCGACGGAACAUGCGGCUCCUUCUUGACCACUAUACGGUGACCCAAUCUAGUUUGCUGACUAACAUAAAAGAGUGGCUUGAUUCGGCUUGGGAACAAGUAUUGAUGGCGGUUUCUUCUGGCACCUCUGCUUUGACUUCUGUACAGACCCUUCCCAAUGUAGAUUUGGAUCGAUCAGAACAUGCAGGUUUUUCUUGUGAGCCCUCGUCUCGGAUCUCCACAAACUUGAUCCCACAGGUCCAUUCGACGGUGGUUGAUGUCAGUUUCUGCAAGGCCAAACCGGUCACGGUUGAGGCAGAGAUGCAUCAUUUGCCCACAGAGGAUUUGAUCCAAUUGUGUGAUACUCCAGAUAGAACUCUAGUACUUGGAGAUAAGAUUGUUGAUAGUGAGAUACAAUCAUGUGAUAUUGUCUUCAGUAAUGUAGCUGUCCCUAUAUCACAAACUAUUCUGCCUUGUACCCCUAAUUCUGACUCGGUGAAGGAGGCCGAUUCGGGAUCAGGUAAAGAGGCUGUGAUGAAGGACAUAAUAAAGGACUCUUGACCAAGGUCUUAUCUGAAGCCUCCUCAUUUUUAA